GUCAUCUAUCCUCAAAAGGAAAAGUUAACAAUGGCAGUUGGGAGCUGUAGUCUACCGCUUCCUCUUUCUCAAAUGACUCGGAUUUUCUCUUCAUCAGCAUCAACAAGAGAAAGGAAGAUUACGUCUAAGUGUAAAUUGAACUCUGUCUCCCUUAACACUCUUAGUAACAGUGUCUCCGAUAAAGCGUUGCUAGAUAUCCAAAAUUCUGGAGUCAUUGCGUGUCUCCGUGCUCCAAGUGCAGAAGUGGCCAUGGAAGCUGCGCUUGCUGCACUUGAUGCUGGAAUCUCCGUGCUGGAAAUUGUAGUGUCAACUCCAGGUGUGUUUGAGGUAUUAAGAAAAUUAGUCCAUUGUUAUCCCACAAAAACUAUAGGAAUUGGAACUGUAUUGUGUGCAAAAGAUGCCAAAGAUGCGAGUGAGUUUGGAGCCAAGUUUCUUAUGAGUCCUGUAUUAGUGAAGGACAUUCUAGUUGGUCUUUCAGGAGAUGAGGCUCUGUAUAUACCUGGAGCAAUGACCCCAACAGAGAUAUUAUCUGCCUUCAGUAUGGGUGCCAAGAUUGUCAAGGUAUAUCCUGUCUCAGCAUUGGGAGGAACUAAGUAUAUUUCGGCAUUGAAAAGGCCAUUCUCUCAUAUUCCAAUGGUAGCAUCUCAGGGGAUAACGAUAGAUUUAGUCGGGGAAUAUAUUGCUCAGGGAGCAUCGGCAGUUGUUUUGUCAGAUGCUAUAUUCGAUAAGAAGGCAAUGAGCCUACGUAAUUUCGAUGUAGUACAUCAACUAGCCUCCCGUGCAGCUCUGCAGGGAAAAGAAGCUGUAAAAAGGAUCAAACGCUUACCUUUAUUUCCUUGUACCGCUACUUUUUCGAGAGGCAGGGUGUUGGACUUGGCCCUUCACUGGCCUCUGCCAACAAUUUCCUAGCCACCAAUUGCUGGACUUGGCCCUUUACUGGCCUCCGCAAAGACUGAAACAAUUGCAUGCAAUUUACGAGAAACAUAUCCUAGAUGGGGACAUCAAAUUCAUUGCAGUUGUUCCUAUGCGUGAUGGAUAUAUAUUUUCUUGCGCUUAAAUACGACCAUAUGCACCCCCCCCCCCCCCCCCCCCUCCCCUUUCUCUUGUCUUCCUCCAGCACCCAAAAACUUGCCAUGGUACAAACUUUAUCAAUUUUAUGGUUCAUCUUAAAGGAAACAGUAUAUUAUAAUGCAGGAGAAGCGGUCACUAGAACCAUUUUGAGUUCUUAUAGUGAGCCCUGAUGACAGAAUUGUGAAAGCAAAAUGGUUCAGUCCUGAAGAGUAGACUGUAAUGGCUAAUCACCAAAUAGCAUUUUUGCUUUGCAGCUGUUCUCCUGGGGUUCUUUAGCUGUUCUCUUCUCCAGAUGAUAAAGUCCGUUCCUAUGUAACAGCUCGCAAACUACAUACCAGAGAUAAAUUGCACUAGGUAAAUUUUAUUUGACGAGCUUAACCAAGAAGUAAUUGACAAGAAUCAAACUCGUGAAUUUUUAAAUACGAACAUUAUGCUCAUCUACUUGGCCACCUCUUUUAUACGUACAUGCUUUUUAGCUCAGCAUAUUUCGGGGUAUGCCUUUGGAAUGUUGCACAUAUUUUUUCUUAGUAACAUAUUUAUCGUCACUUUAUAUGAGAUUGUGAUUGUAUGUACUUUCAAGUAUUUUAAAAUGUAAUACUAAUUAUAAUUUUAGUA